CUGUGGCGCAGUCGAGCACGGACCGCGCUUGUCGCUCUGCCUCGCUCGCUCACUCGCCGCCGCCCGUGCGUGCCAGCCGCGAGUAGUGUCUUAGGGUGUGUGUAGGCCAACGUAGGACCCCUGUGGUGCUGCUUUAGCCCUUGUACGCACACGCUAGGGCAUUCCGACAUCGUAGCAGAUACAGGAAUUAUUGCUAAUAGCUCUAACUGCAUUUUCGUGUUUGUGGGAGAUUUGUGAAUGUCGUGAAUUUGAUGAUGUAUCCUCGGAAAAAGUAGAUCCAAGUGUGAGAAUUUAACAUCGGUUAACAACCUAUUGGUGCAUACUUUGUAAAAGGAAAUUGAGGAGUUUAAUGUGUGCUGAAAUACAUAUUACUGUGUAAUAAAAAGUUCUUCAAUAGAUAUUGUUCGAUAGUAAACACUCAUUUUUGUUGGAAGUUUUAAUUACUGGAUCCAAAAUUAGAAAAAAAAAAUCUCAUAAUAGCUAACCUUCCAUGGAUUACUGGUUUGUAUCCACUAUAUCCUCGAGUGUGCACUGUAUGUGUGGGUGAUGGUGGAAGAGGUAGUGUUGUGAGUGUUCGUGAUAGUGUCGAAGUGACUAAGCAAGGAGUACCAACGCCGUGGAUUUUCUCUUUCCUUGGAGUAGGUGCGCUCUCGUCGAACGGCUCUCGGAGACCAUAAAGUUAAGGGUCGCUGGCCGAGGUGAGAGCGGAGGUGCAGGAGGGCGGAGCGCGGAGGAGGAGCCCUGCAGGACCCGGAGACAGCCCGAUCAGCAUGAGCGCGACGAGCAAGUGCUGAGCCCCGCCGCCGUGGAUCAGCAUGGCCGUCAUCUACCGUGACAAGGCGUGAAAAAGGCAAGAUGGCAGAGGGUGCGGGCGGCGGUCCCGUCCUCCUCCUCCCGGGCCGGCGCGCUCGGCUCACCCGCCCCACCACCACCACGACCUCCACGACGACGGCGGUCACGACCUGCUCACGUCCCGACGCCUCCCGCGGCCAAGGGUCGUCCCCGCUAAAGACUUUUGCUGAUAGAGACGCGUUACAGCCACGGGGAAUUUGUGUAAAUGCCGCGCCGGGAGGAAAUGGCGCCGUUAGCUGUCCCGGCCAAGGGGCGCGGGAGGGCCCCGCGCUCCCCCCGGCGGGGCGUCACGCUCAUUGUGUCCCUAGACGAGCGCCAGUGCCACCCGUGGGACCGCCCAUGCCGCGGGCGUCGCCUUCAAGCACCUGCACUCCCGAGGGCGCCAAAGUGUGCGAGGGCGGAGAGAGAGGCCCCCUGAGGAGCGUCCCGGGGGGAGUCCGUGGGACGCUGAGACGAGGGGGGAGGUGGCCAGGGUGGGGCGGCGCACCUGCGGCCCUCCUGGCGUCCACCUUCCUGCUGACGCUCCUGGCUCCCGCUCGCGGAUUUGAUCUAGCCUCCUGCAACGCCCCCCUCGGGAUGCAAUCCGGCAAGAUCAAGGACAGCCAGAUCUCCGCCUCCUCCUCCUACGACGUCUCCGUCACGGGGCCCUCCUCGGCCAGGUUGAAUGUGGAGAGGGCCGGGGGAGCGUGGUGCCCUCGGGAGAUGGUGGGCCAAGAGGACCUGAAAGAGUACCUGGAGAUCGACCUGGAGUCGCCCCACGUCAUCUCGUUCACAGAGAGCCAAGGGCGCUUCGGCAACGGUCAGGGCGUCGAGUUCGUGGAGCAGUACAUGCUGGAGUACUGGCGCCCGGGCCACAACACCUGGUACACCUACAAGAAGUGGAACGGCGACAAAAUCCUGCAGGGCAACAAGAACCAGUACAUGCCGGUGCGGAAUGAACUCGUGCCGCCCAUCAUCGCUUCCAAGAUCCGCUUCGUGCCCUUCUCGCCCCACCCGCGGACCGUCUGCAUGCGCGUCGAGCUCCACGGCUGUCCUUACGAGGACGGGCUGGUGUCGUACUCCAUGGCCCAGGGACAGGACCGCGGCAUGGAGGUCGACCUGCUGGACCUGAGCUACGACGGCACGACCACCGAGGGCCUCCUGUACGGCGGCCUCGGCCAGCUCCACGACGGCAUCACUGGCGACCACAACUUCCGCACCGACAUCGGACACGGGAAAGGCUACGAGUGGGUUGGGUGGAAGAACGACACGCAGAACCCCCUGGAGAUCACCUGCGAGUUCGACGUCGUCCGCAACUUCACGGCGAUGUACCUCUACGCCAACAACAUGUACACCAAGGAUGUGCAGGUGUUCUCGCGGGCGCGGGUGCUGUUCAGCGUGGGCGGGCGGUACUUCGGGUCCCGCCCCAUCGAGUACAACUACAUGACGGACGAGGUCUCCGAGUACGGGCGCAACGUCAGCAUCAAGCUCCACCACCGCGUCGGCAAGUACGUCAAGAUUCAGCUAUUCUUCAAGGCGCGCUGGAUCAUGAUCUCCGAGAUAUUCUUCGUCUCGCGCCCAGCCCGAGGGAACUUCAGCGAGCUGACGGAGACGGAGGAGCUCCCCCCCGAGGCCGGCGGCGCCCCCCACCACGACUCCUCCUCGGGCUACAUGCACGACGGCGCUGCCCUCGGCGACAAGAACCAUCGGAAUCUUGUGGUGACGGACGUGUCGGAGGAGCCGCGCGGCCAGGAGUAUGUGGCGCUGGUGAUCGGCGUCCUCAUCGCGGUGAUCAUCCUGCUGGUCUCGGCCAUCCUGCUGAUCGUGUGGCGGGCGCGGAGGCAGAAGGCGGGCACGAUCACCCACGACAUCUUCACGGGGCCCUACGGAGAGAAGAGGGACAUCGUCAACCUGAAGGCGGUGCAAAAGUUCCUGACGGCGCCAGCUGUUCUCCGGCCGUCGUCACUGUGCUCCUCGCCUCGCCUCGCGACCCACAGGAGCAACGGCUACAGGCUCAACACUACUCUGCCCAUACACCCGUCACAGCCUGAGUGUGCCGUCCCCGGGCUAGUUACUUUAGGAUUUUAUGACUCCUCAGACAGUAGCGCCGCCAUGGGCGUGGAGGGCGGCGACAUCGACAAGGCCGGCCUGUACUCGGAGCCUUACCACAUGACCUACAACUCCAUAGGCGGCUACUCGUCCAUGGCGCACAAGAUGAGCCACCCGAACCCUCUCUCCAGCCCCGAUUACACAGCUUCCGAUGUGUCUGCAGAGUGCCCUUCGACGGAGUACGCCAUCCCGCACCUGAGCGGCGAGGCGGGGGCCACGGGGGGGUACCCGCCCCCUCUCCCGCACUCGAAGCCGCCCCUCCACACCCUCAACACCUUCCUCGGCAAGCCCCCGCCCACGCCCCUGCCGCCCAACGCCGCCCAGCCUCAGGAGAGCUUCUACGCCGCCACCGAGAUCGUUGCCGUAAGUGAUGUGAACAAGCUUCUCCUCGUCCAACAGGGCAGCAAUGGCACAGCAGGGGGCCGGCAGGGGCAGCAGGGCCAGCAGGGGGCAGCAGGCGCGGCGGCCACCCUGGAGAACGUGACCGCCAGGGAGAUACCGAGGAGCGCCAUCACCCUCCUGCAGCAGAUCGGCGAAGGCCAGUUCGGGGAGGUUCACUUGGGCGAAGUCGAGGACGAGGAGGGACAGAAGCAGAUGGUUGCCGUGAAGACAUUGCGACUCGAGGCCUCGCACUCCGUCAGGUGUGACUUCGAGCGCGAGGUGGAGAUCCUGGCGCGCCUUCGAGACCCCAACAUCGUGCAGGUGGUGGGCGUGUGCUCGAGGGAGGAGCCCCUGUGUAUGCUGGUCGAGUACAUGGAGCACGGGGACCUCAAUCAGUACCUGCAGGCCCACAUCGCCGAGACCGCCUCCCCCAGGAACACGCACGCCAAAACGCUCAGCUACGGAUGCCUUAUAUACAUGGCCACUCAAAUAGCCUCAGGCAUGAAGUACUUGGAGUCCCUCAACUUCGUGCAUCGAGACCUCGCCACACGGAACUGUCUGGUGGGGGCGGGCCACGUGAUCAAGAUCUCAGACUUCGGCAUGAGUCGGAACCUCUACAGCGCUGACUACUACAGGAUCGAGGGCAAGGCUCUGCUGCCCAUACGCUGGAUGGCCUGGGAGUCCGUCCUCUUGGGCAAGUUCACGACCAAGAGCGACGUGUGGUCGUUCGCCGUCACGCUGUGGGAGAUCCUGACGAUGGCGAGGGAGCAGCCCUACGAGGACCUCACCGACGAGCAGGUCAUCGAGAACGUCUCAUACAUCUACCACAACGAGGCCAGGAAGAGUGACCUGUUGCAUCUUCCUCCCGGCCAGGCCCUGCUGCCGCAGCCUGCCAACUGCCCCAAGGAAAUCUACGACCUGAUGCGCGAGUGCUGGAAGCGCUCCGACGCCGACCGCCCGACCUUCAGGGAAAUCCAUAUGUUCCUUCAGCGCAAGAACCUGGGCUACUCUCCUGUUACCUGAGACCUGCUGGAGGACCUUCGCGGCGUGGGCGUGCUGCCCUUCGCCCGGGGGUCUUUCGCCACCUUCGGGCGGGACGUGUACACGGAGCGUAGGGGGGGAGGGCCCCUGAGGCGCGCCAUGGCCCAAUCCGAGGGUGACGUGCAGCAGCUGGGGUCCGGGGCCACUCUGCCCGUCAGAGGAACCUGCGCCAGCCUGGAGGGGGACGUGUGCUACUACAGCAAGAACCUCCUGUCGAGUUCUUACGAAGGGCGGCACCUGCGUCUCUAGGAUAGCUACUGUGGUAAAGAGAAAUCCUGAGAUGACACGAGAGGAAAAACGGAAAAAAAUAACUGAAACUUAUAACACUGAAGUCCUCCAUUUCUUGUACUCUCUCGUCAUGGAGAGCGUGUUGCGCAAGACUGCUAUCAAUCACAAGCUUCAAGAGCCCGUUCAUGUUUACGAGAUGUUGUGUCCCUGGAAUAUUAUAUGUAUUAUUCACUAUUCAAUUUUGCCUGUUCAAGUACUUACACUGAAAUUGUAUAUGUAAAUGAUGUGAUCCAGUUUUAUGGAAGAAUACCAGAUAAAUGUCAGAGUGACUGGCAGAUGAACCUUUCUAGUCGUGAUGGAAGUUGGUAACGAAGAUACCAACGACGAUAAGUGUGAAGAGAAGCAUUUCUGGAAGUGCUUCUGUCUCUAGGUGUUUAUACUCUUGGUAGAAUCGAGUGCUAUAAAAAUAACAAACAAACGUUAAGAUCCCCUAGCAAAUAGAGUUGCCGUGUAUAUAUACGCUGGUUAUGAUUUGUCAUUGGCCAUGAGAUUGUGAUUUAGUGCUUUGGUUAACCAUUAUGCUUCAGAUUUUUGUAUAUAUACUUGUAUGUAUGUAUGUUUGUAUAAAUUUUAUUACUGUACAUAUCAGACAGUUUUACAGUUGUAUUUUCAGUCUAUCUGCGCUAGUCAAAAGACACAUCUGCUGGCUCUUACGUCUGUGUUGAUCGGCAUCCUUAGAUUAAACAUCAACGGAAAAUACACGUCUAAAUUUACGAUUAACUGCAGAUUAUGUGUAUCAUGAUGUGCUAGAAUAAGGGCCAUAGUUGCAUAAUAGUGUAUCGUAAGACCUUUUUUCAUGAUUUUUAAAUAGAUUUUAUUGGAAGCGAAUUAGUGUAAAUAUAUAUAAAAUAUAAAUAUAUAUAUCUUUGUUUCAUGCAGACGGUAUGGUUUUCACAGUUGAAAUGUUUUUUAUAUAGAGAAUUUACCAAACUACUCUAAUACGAAACGGAGUUAAAUCUAGUGACCCGCAUUACAGCAUUCUGGAUCUGUCGCUGGAUCUGCUAAUACGACCUGCCGCUGGAUCCAACAUUAUCCCGGGCUGGGUACACCAACACUAUCCUACUUUAGAUCCGCCAUCACUUCCCAAUAGAGGACCCACGAGCACUAUCCAACGUUGGAGAAUGGCCUCGGAAGAUGGACCUGCCGACAAAAAUAACCUACACACGAACCACGAUCAGAAACGAAAUGUUUUCUCCAUCAUUUCUUGUCAUUUCUCUUCACACUGUGCAUCUUGCUCCCCUCAAUAGCAAACCUUUUCGCCACCAAAAGCAAUACUACUUUGGUUCGCUUGUAGCCGUUACUGUACUUCCACUUUGAACAAGAUUCUAGGUCACCACAUACCUACAGCUUAUACCGUUUGGAUGUAGCGUCAAACGCCAUGGAUAAUAAUAAUUCAAUAUAUUCCUCUAACACUGAUAUAAACCUCA